CUUCUUUAAAGUAUGGAUCAUUUUCCGCCCUCUGUCCCGCCUCUUCUCCCCCGCCCCACUCCAAACGCCGCACUUUUUAACUUGACGCCAAGAUGACAGGAGUCGACACCAAGACCGCCAAGACUCCGUCGGACCUUCCCGUGACCGAGAACCACGAGGCUCCUCGUCCGACUCAACUUCGGGCCAUCGGCAACCUCUUUGUUGGCAGUUGGAUCAACUUACUCUUGCUCUUGGCCCCUGUGGCGAUCGUGGCCCAUGUGAACCAUUGGCCCGACGUGUGGGUAUUUGUUCUCAACUUUCUCGUUAUGAUGCCCCUCGCCAACAUCUUGGGUGAAGCGACGGAAGCCCUGGCUGAACAUACCGGCGACACUAUCGGCGGUUUGGUGAACGCGACGUUCGGGAACGCCGUCGAAAUCAUCAUCUCGAUCUUUGCCUUGGCCAAGGGUGAAAUCCAGCUUGUGCAGAGCUCGUUGAUCGGGUCCAUGUUGUCCAACUUACUCUUGGUCCUCGGCAUGUGCUUCCUUGCGGGUCAUUUCGGUGGUGUAAAGAACUCCAAGUUUUCUGGCGACGGUGCGUCCAUCAACAUGUCGCUCUUGUUCGUCGGAUCGUUCGCCAUGCUUGUGCCGUCGUACUACCUCGACAGCAUCGUCGCCAACGAAUCCAAAGCCGACCAUGCCGCCGCCGUCUUGAAUCUGAGUCACAUUUCGGCGAUCUUUCUCGUGAUCAUGUACGUGCAGCUGAUGGUGUACCAACUGGUCACGCAUCGCGCCGAAGAAGAAAAGAAAGAAGAACAUGAGUUGCCCGAGCUCUCGUUCGCGUCCUCCUUGAUUGUGCUCCUCGUCGCGACUGUGCUCGUGGCCAUCUUUUCCGAGUUCCUUGUAGGGUCGGUCGACGGUUUUACCACAUCAGCCAACAUCCCCAAGGCUUUUGUCGGCCUCAUCUUGCUUCCGAUUGUGGGGAACGCUGUCGAACACGUCACCGCCCUCCGCGUCGCGUACAAGGACAACAUGGAGCUCGCCAUGGGUGUCGCCGUCGGGUCGGCGACGCAAAUUGCGCUCUUUGUCACGCCCGUGUGCGUCAUUGCCGGCUGGAUCAUGAACCAACCCAUGACGUUGGCGUUCAACAGCUUUGAAGCCAUGACGUACAUCUUCUCGACGCUCAUUGUGUACGUGAUUGUGGCCGAUGGCAGCUCCAACUGGCUCGAAGGAUCCAUUCUCCUCACGCUCUACUGCUUGAUCGGUCUCGCGCUGCUGGAAAUCCAAAUCUAACGUGGAUUGCUUUGCAUAAUUGUAACGUACUCUUUCCAUUCCCA